AUGGCAAAAGUAGAAAUUCAAAUACGUCGAUGUUUUUGUUGUGGCCUAACAGUCGGCUCAACUCUCAUUGGUUUCUACACUUUGAUUCUAUACUUUCUUCUCGCAAUUGCUGCUGCCGUUGCACUCUCUGACACAGCAACAAAUGGAGAUGCUUCUCAUUACAAUUCUUGUGAACUCGAAGCACAAGGAAAGAUAAAUGCAGAGAAUAGGAAACUGACAUUCACUGGUGGAAGAACUGUUGUUGUUGUAGAGGAUUCCACUUCUUACCACUGCUCACUUGGACUUUAUACCGAGGAGCUGAAAUAUUCAAAGCAAAACCGGAAUGUAUUACUUUUGGUUGACUUAAUUCUUUACGUGUCCCUGGUCGUAGCAUCACUUAUUCUACUUCUUGGAAUCUGUUGUAGAAAUCAGUGGCUUCUUCUUCCAUGGGGACUCUUAAUGAUUCUUGACAUAGUUCGUGGAUUCAUCUCAGUUUUUUUCAUUUUCUGGUAUUCCUAUGGAAACUUGGCUAGAAUUGCCACUGGUAUCUUCUUCCUAGGAUUGCAGUUUCUACACAUUUCCUUGUGGAUGUCGAUGGCUGCCAAAUUCCAGAAAAUGUACAAUAGAAAUAAUGGAAUCCCGGAUAAAGUGUAUGAUGUUCGUGGUGGAUCUCGUGCACCAUCAACCUACUACGGAGAGACUCACGCAGUUGCUCCACCACCACAUCGUGGAGCAGAAUAUUAUCCAGAUCAACAUCGACCACAACCAUAUGGUCAUUAUGAUCAACAACCACCAUACAGAUAUUAA